GUAUUUUUGUCUAAAAGAAAAAAUAAAUAGUUUGUAUCUCAUGCAGAUAUAUAAAUUAUUAGGUUUCAUAUUUGCAGAAGCGCCUCGAACUCAAUGACUCACCAUUUCCCUCCUUCCUCAGUUUCGCUCGCUGUUUAAUUUAACUUCCAAUAAAAACACCAAUUUUCCGAUUAAACUAAUGGACUCUACUUCCUACUCCGGUGUCAUUUCCAAGGCUAAUCUCACAAUCGUUUCGCUUGUUUUCACAACCGUAGCCUUGCAACUCCUCACUGUCAACUGCGCCACCGCCGGAAUAUCCAAAACCAGCAUCGUCACUGUUCUUAGCAUCGACGGCGGCGGCGUCCGUGGCAUUAUUCCGGCAACCAUACUUUCAUUUCUCGAGUCCAAGCUUCAGGAAAUUGAUGGACCUGAGGCACGAAUUGCAGAUUACUUUGAUGUCAUCGCCGGAACAAGUACCGGAGGAUUGAUGACGGCGAUGCUUGCUGUUCCCGGUGAUGAUAAUCGUCCUCUCUACUCUGCAAAUGAUAUUAGUAACUUUUACUUUUAUCAUUCACCAAGGAUUUUUCCUCUAAUAAGCCGCAUCAAGUUCUUAAAUGCUGUCGCAAAUUUCUUUGGAGGAGUCGUCGGACCAAAAUACGACGGCGAAUAUCUCCGAUCAAUAACCAGACAGAUAUUGGGAAACACAACUCUCAAACAAACGAUAACAGACGUAAUCAUACCAACUUUCGACAUCAAACGCCUUCAGCCGACGAUCUUCACCACCGACGAUGCAAAAGAGUUCGCCUGGAAAGAUGCUUUUCUAUCGGACGUAUGCAUAAGCACCUCCGCCGCUCCGACGUAUUUCCCGCCUCAUUAUUUCGAGACGACAGACGCCGAAGGAGCUACGCGUACAUUCGAUCUGAUCGACGGCGGGGUUGCAGCAAACAAUCCGACGCAAGUAGCGAUAACGCAUAUCAUGAAGGAAGUGAUGAUCGGAAAACACAAGUUCUCCGAUCUGGAGUCCGUCGACGGCAGGAGGAUGCUUGUGCUUUCGCUUGGCACCGGGAUGCCGAAACGCUCCGAGAAAUAUAAUUCCAGGAGAGCUUCACGAUGGGGUUUGGUGAAUUGGGUGUUCGACAAUGGUUCUUCUCCCAUAAUUGAUAUCUUCAUGGAUGCAAGCUCUGAUAUGGUCGAUAUUCAUGUCUCCACUCUCUUCAGAUCCCUCAAUGCUGAAAAGAAUUAUCUACGCAUUCAGAUAAAAAGAACAAUCAGGUCCUGUUACAUGAUAUUUCUCAUCAAACAUUAGUGAUUGGUAAAGGACGUUUAGAUCAUCACUCGAACCGCCUACAUUAUAUAAUGAACGUCAAAAUUAUAAAUCUUGUGAUGUUACCUUAUCUAGUAUCAUUGUUGGAUAUGGAUGGUCACCUCACCUGUAUUGGCCUCUCAAUUCCGUUGGACAAUUCCUCAAACUCCGGUGUGUACAGUCAAUGCUACCAAGCAUUCCAAGGAAUCUAUGUCUAGUUGCAUGUGCUUCAUAUAAAAGUUGAAUGUCAGUGUAUGUUGGACAAUGUAAAUAUUCAGGCUUAUACAUUUGGACAACACCAUAGCAAACGUUUUGAAGAGUUUCACAAGAAGUUCUUUCUGACAUAUUUAGAUACUCAUCUAACGAGUCUGGGUUAUAACCCUUCGCUACUUGACGUAUUAUUGAUGUACGUUUUUGUAGAGCGUUGAAACUUCAAUGAUUUGUUGCAUCGAAUGUUAUUUGAAAAUAUGGAUAAUUCAUGUUCAGGUCACCAACAAGUUGUAUAAACAAUACUUUGCUCAUAUCGAACCUUCUAUUGAAUUGCUCAUUAGCAUAGGUUGAAUCA